AUGAACCCAAGCAAGAUGAACCUGGUGUUCUUCAAGGACGCUCAAGAACACCUCGCACGUGCAGCGAGAAUCAUUCGACAGCCGAGAGGUAACGCCCUCUUAGUGGGCGUCAGCGGAGUGGGCAGGAAGAGUCUGGCACGAAUGGCCGCGCACAUGGCAGAGGAGUACUGCAGCUACCAGGCCGGAUGCAAGCAUGUGCAAGCCCCGCGUAAGAGGUUGGUAAGUUUGGUGCCUGAACAGCGGGGCCUAGCUUUGACAGCCCGGUCUGUCUUUGGCAAUGCGGAGAUAGGUUUGUACAUCAAGUCGCCCGAGCAGAAGGAUGCUGGCCAAGCGAAGUGGAAGGGGGUGAAGCUGUGCAAGGAUGCGACAGCCGCCCUUGCAAGGGCCACAGCGCGGCUGCAAGGCUUUCCCCGGGAGGUCCUUGAGCGAGUGGAACGCCGUUUCCGUUCCUUUGAUACUUCCGCCGCGGCCGGGGGCAACAUGGGGAAGUGCAGCCAGGGCGUCGUCAAGAAAAAGACCGAGCGCAGGGAAAGCAAGCGGGAGAAGAAAGCAGAAGAGCAGGCGCAGGUUGAGCGGUCCGUCGGGGAGGAACUCCUGCAUCGCCUGAGGGCUGGAAUCUACGGCCCUUUGUUUGCGAGGCCAAAGCAGAAGGAGGAAAUGCCGGAGGUGGAUGUGGAAGACCUGGCAAAAAGCAAGCCCCCACCGAAAGGCACGAAGCGGCGCAAGACGCGUCGCAGGGUCGAGGUCGAGGUGGAGUACGAGCAGCAAGAGUUGCAUGAAAGCAGGAUGCAGCAUGCACGAUUUCCUGUGCACCAUGUUGUGAUGCGACGGAAGCUGAUCUUUGCGCGCAAUGAAAACACAAUCACUACAGAGCUGUCUGAGUCAAACGCUAGGUUCUCAUUUAGCUGCUCUACAGCUUGUGUGUCUGACUACGCGAACUCGAGUGCGUCUCAGCCACUUCAUCUCCCAUCUUGCCUCGCCGAGCAGGGCAUGGACCGUCGCCUGCACCAACAUGCCGCAAAGUUUCACAGGUGCUCCAAGAAGCGGAUGGUACUCCAAAAGUAUUCCAGGGCAGCAGACUGCUUUGGCAGAGCAGCUGCGCGGCAGCAUGCCGCUCACGUGGCUGCAUGGAUUGCUUAUGCGCCUCCGGAAUCUGUACCUGGAGAGGCGGAGCAGAAGCUCCUGGGAAAAUAUCUGAGUCUGCUUGGGAGUGGCCUGCUACCCUCGCGACUGCAACUGGUGCUUCCAGAGGUGCAAACAGCCCUUAAACGUGCUGACUGGAGCUCCGGCAGCGAGACUCAGAAGGCAGCCAGCCGAAGUUUGCUGGAGAGGCUGCAGACCUUCCGCUGUUGCCGCAGACCAGAAACAUCCUCUAGCGAAGCUGCGAACGCGCCGCCUGAACAGAAUGCGCGCGUAGCUGCUUCCAACGGGGGAGGAGUUUCAACUGAAAACAAUCAGCCUCUGUUUCAGCUGUGGGACAGUGCUGACGGUGGUGUCUCGUUGCGCUCAGGAUCGAAGCAAGCAUUUCAUAGCUUGUUCAGAAAGAUCAACGAGUGGGCAAACAUGGCGCAAGUCGACAGAGUACAGCGCCUCGUCGAGUCUAAAGCUCUCUUGUGUACUUCCGACAGAGAGCUUUCUCAAGCCGAGCUGUUGGAUUUGCUUUGCGCAGCCACCGCAGCCCUGUCGCCACCGCGGAAGAUGCCAGCCCGGGACGAGGAGGCUUUGCAGAAGGGUCUCCUACAAGUAGAAGCAGGAGAGCGCCAGGUGUCAAAGUUGCAAUGCCUUGCGCGAAGGCUGCUGUUGAAAGCGCUGCGCGCCUGGCAGUCUAUGGGUUUUCAUUGUUGCGACAUCGAGGCAGUUCUGUCGCUCAUUGAGAAGCAGAUUUCCGAAUUCGAGCGCAAAGUCGGGCAGAUCGAGUCUGCUGCUAAUGGAAGUGUGUGGCUGGACAUCAAGCAAGUAGUUGAAGAGCUUCAGCAAACACCGACUGAAGCUCCCUUGCCAGAGACUCGUGACUUACGUUCAGGUGCGGGGCAGGGUGGGGCUCCACAAGGGGCCAGGAGAGCUGCACUGGAGAAGGCCAUGACAGCCUUGGGCGGCCAAGCGAGCCUUAAACAGCUUCUUCGACACAUGCGCAAGAACCCUGAUGAGUUCCAGGAUGUGGACCUACAAGUUCUGAAGGGGCGUCUGCAAAGGAGCGGCGCGCCGGAGUACUUCCAGCUUCAAGGGAAGGACUCAGCCGGAGACGAUGUCUUCAUCUUUGCCCAGCCCUGUCCAAAAGGCGUCCGGCGUCUUCGGCGAGGUUUUGCUGCGCGGAUUUCCGUUAAUGACUUGAGCUGUAAGUGCGUCGGGCCCACUCGGCUAAGCGCGGAGGAGGCGCAUCGAGACUUCAAGACCCUCCAGCGCUGGCGCGCAACCUUGUCAAGCACAGCGCUGUUACAGCGUGUGCGUGCCUGGGAAGGUGUCAAUGACUUCCGGGACGACCUCAAGCGAAUGAUGAUGGAUGUGUCACUGGGCCCGGAACUGGUUGAAGAGCGAGGGGAAGGCGUGCAGAGUGCAGCACCACAGGAAGGGGUCCCAAACCUCUUCCAGGCAGAUGAGCAGGAGCAGGUGAUAGGCCUCGCCAGGCCUUUGGCCAAGGCUGCAGGGAAGGUGGAUGCCCGCGACAUUCUAUGGAGAGGUUGCUGUGUCACUGUCGCGAGUGCAAUGCCCAGCCGGUUCAAGAGUGAUGCGCCCUUCAUCCUGGGAGCUUCACCAAUGAUGCCACAAGGCCAGCCUCGCUGGUUGGCUGCUUCGUUUGACUUGGGUAGGGGCUAUCUGGUGCAGGGCGCAACUCUGCAAGUCUACGGCAACGCAGGAGAGUCCACGAGAUGGCUCUUGCCGGGUGGGGCUGCCAUAGCCUACAAGCUUGCGUUCAUCCGCGACCGCGGCGGUGAAGUCCACACCGUCCAAGCCAACACCCUCAUUGGAGCUCUGUCCAUGCCGGGUGCUGCGGUUGCUCCGGAUCGGAUCUCCUUCAACGUCGCCAUGGAUGCCUGCGGAAAGGCUGCUGCCUGGGCACUGUCGGUGGACGUCUUCGGACAGCUGUCUCACGGCCUGGGGAAGGGUGGGCAGUGGGAGCUUGCCCUGUCCCUUCUCUUCACAAUGCCAGCACAGAAGCUGGCCCCAGAUGUGGUUUCUUACAACUCGGCCAUCAGUGCCUGUGAGAAGACCUCGUCGCUGGGCCUGAGGCCGCAAUUGGGUUGUGGCAACAUUCUCUCGCGAUGCAUCUUGCCAGUUGAGAUACAGCAGGAAGCUCUUACUGCCUGUGGCCGCAUUGCCUACUGGGAGGCGGCAUGCGCAAUGCUGGACGCGAUGAGGGACAUGUCAGAAGCUCCAAACGUUAUCACUUACAAUGCUGCCAUCAGUGCCUGUGAGCGAGCGGGGCACUGGCAGAUGGCCUUGAUGCUGCUGGAAGAGGCAUCUGAAGCCGUGUCACCAGAUGUCGUCAGCUUCAGUGCCGCGAUCAGUGCCUGCGGCGCCUGCUCAGAGUGGCAGAUGGGCCUUGAGCUGCUGCGGGUGAUGGACGAGCGCUCCAUCCCUCCGGACCGCAUUGCGUUGGACUCUGCAAUGAGCGCCUGCGCCAAGGGUGCCUCUGAGGAAAGCUCAGUGCUGUAUGGGUGGCGAGUGGGAAUCGGGCCUGGCUCUCCUGCAGUCCAUGACAAGACAGCAGAUACGCACCGCGGUCCGGAUGAUGUGAGCUUCAAUGCAGCUCUUAGCUGCUGCGCCCCUGGGUCUCAACGGAUCAAGUUCAAAAGUGAGCUAGAUGCAGUGCGAGUGCCACAUCUAGACGGAGACCUGCUCCAGAGAGAGGUACUGCCCAGCGGCAUCAUGGUAGGCUCACUGUUACAGCCCAUUCGUGAGUCUUUGGGCCACAGCGAGGCUGUCAAGGUCUUGACUGACAUGCGCGGACGCUGGUUGGCGAACACCACCCAGCCUAAUCUGGGAGUCGGCCCAGUGACACAGGACUGGCUUGGCGCUUGGCCGGGGAUGUGCGCCGUAUCCAAGCCAGGAGGAGUGUCCACCGAAGACGUGCUUGCAGAUUUGGCCUCAAAGCUGGCGAUGCCGCUUGCUACAGUUUCUCGACUCGACCUGCCUACAUCGGGCGUGCUUCCAGCUGCCAUUGGCGGGGACGACGCACCAGCAGCGCACUGGCUGCGUGCACAGUUCUCCGGGAGGCUUGUGAAGAAGGAAUACUGGUGCCUUUGCGCUGGCCGGGCAAAUGAAACGGGCUCUGUGACUAGCCCACUACGGGUGGUGCGCAGCGGCCCCGGAUCCGUCCGCGCGGAGCUGUCCCCGCUUGGCCGCGCCGCACAGACGGAGUACCAAGUCCUGUCCCACUUCCAAGCUCCAACGUUGCUGAACGCGGCUGAGCCGUUCACGCUUUUGGAGGCUCGCCCGUUGACUGGCCGCACGCACCAGAUUCGGGCCCACUUGGCCAGCGUGGGGCACCCUAUCCUUGGUGAUGAGGUCUACGGGCCGCCUGAGCUCUAUGACUUCUGCCCGCGGCUCUUCCUACACUGCAGACGCUUGAGAUUGCUUGCUCUAGACGGCCAGGAGCUUUGCCUGGAAGCCCCGCUGCCUGCCGACCUCCGUGGUGUUCUUGCUGGCCUGGAGACAGAUCGGGAGGAACAGCAACGCGUUGCGCGUGUGCCUGGCGUCUCCAAGGUUCCCUUCGUUGAUCAACUGUAUUACGUUCAGGCGCCCAAAGAGCUUGAGCUGGAUACGAGUAUCCCUGCUCUAUCCCAGAUCUCCUGCGUUAUCCACGCAUCAGCUUCGGAGGCGGCAGACAGAUUCUUCGACGAGCUUCGACGGAAAACGUAUAUGACUCCGACCUCAUACUUGGAGCUCAUCAAGCUUUUCACAGACCUGCUCGGGAUGAAGAAAGGUCAGCUUGACACGAAGCUGAAUCGCUACCGAGCGACCCCGGCUUGGAAAUUCUUGAAUCUGCAGGGUGACAUGUAUGGAUCUUAG